CUUCAAAAUCUCAAGUUUUAUUAUUGAUGUUAAUAUCUACACGGUCUGUCGUCUAGAUCCCAGAUCAUGACUCGGUUCUACCCCGAUAUAUAUCCCAGGCACCAGAAUACACCUGUGGACCGUGAAAUCUCAACGCCUUCACCUUCCUUUUCGGACUUAGACUGUCAUGCUUGAACAACCUCAAAAUCUGCCACCCUUCCGCACGUGUGAGCAGCAUUCAUAAACAGCGCACCCAAUGCUUGAUUUCGUGGCUGACGGAGCUCGCCACUGAUCCACCUGUUCGUUUAAAUGACUGUUGCGCUCCUCCUUGUGUUUAAACCGUCUGUGGUUUCUUCUUGAUAAAACUCUACAUUUCUUUUCGACUACACGCGACGGUGCUCCGAUCAGCCAAUUGCCUUACUGAAAUGCGAUCUACGACCGUUGCUACUGCCCUCGCUUUUGUGAGUGCUGCUGAGGCGGGAGUGAGAACCAGCAGCACCGCAAACCACACUUGUGUGUUACAAGAGCCAUUUCUUUCGUGCUCUACUGAGGCGGAUCCUGCAAAAGUUGACUCAUGUUGCGUGGAGACAUUCGGAGGAUUGGUUCUUGCAACACAGUUCUGGUCAACAUAUACCGGAGGUGAAGAUAAGGGGCAAAAACUACCGGCAGAAAGCUGGGGUAUUCACGGACUCUGGCCUGAUUUUUGCGACGGAAGUUAUACGCAAUACUGCGAUCUCAAACGUCAAUAUGAUCCGCAUCCAUCGCCAAAUACAACGAAUGGUUUGCCAAAUGGUACUAUAGUCCCACCGUACAAUGGCCCUACUGUCGACACAUUCCUCGAGAAGUUCGACCGAUACGAUCUGCUCGAAUACAUGAAUAAGUACUGGAUUGCCCAGAAUCAGCCCAAUCACGAGCUUUGGGCCCAUGAAUUCUCGAAGCAUGCUACCUGUUUUUCGACUUUCGAUGUGGAAUGCUACGGUCCUCAAUAUGUUCAACAUGAGGAGCUCGUACAGUACUACGAAACAGCGAUCAAGUAUUACCAGGACCUGCCAACAUAUGACUGGCUGGCUGAUGCGGAUAUCAAGCCAUCGAACAAAACAAAGUAUUCUUUGACUCAGUUCCAGGAUGUACUGUACAAGGCCUACGGCGCUUUGCCUUUCAUCGGAUGCUCUGGACCACGGUUCAACGAGACAGUGGCGGGCAGAAAUACAACCGAUCGUGGUUUCACAGUCAUCUCGGAGGCAUGGUAUUACUCUCACGUGUAUGGCCAACCUCAAGCCCAUGACUACGAGCCUGUCAAUGCAUCUGCAUCGUAUGUUACCAACUGUGCGAAGACUCCAGGAGCUUUGACAUAUCCUAAACGAAGCAAGGGCUCAGAGAGCUGGUAUUGAACCCGGGAACAUGAAUACGGAAUUCAUAGAUAUCAAAAGCAAAGUCAUUGAUGCUCGUAUGUAGAAUACAUAACACUGAUGUGAAGGUGCGUUCGACCU